AUGCAGAACCUUCUUCUCUCUGCUCUGGCAUUCACUGCCGCGGCCGAUGCCUAUGGCUCAGGACCUGCCGGCUGGGAUGCGGCUUACUCAAAGGCCCAAGCAGCCCUUCUCAGGUUAAAUAUGACCGAGAAGGUCGGGAUUGCCACAGGCGUCGGCUGGGAAGGAGGGCCCUGCGUGGGCAACACCCAUGCCGCCAGCUCAAUCGAUUAUCCCUCUUUAUGCCUACAGGACUCGCCCUUGGGAAUUCGCUAUGCCAAUCCUGUCACAGCUUUCCCCGCGGGUAUCAACGCCGGAGCAACAUGGGAUCGUAGUCUCAUGUACGCGCGCGGUGCUGCAAUGGGCGAGGAAGCCAAAGGUCUAGGCGUGCACGUCCAGCUUGGGCCGGCUGCUGGACCUCUAGGAAAGAAUCCCGAUGGCGGUAGAAACUGGGAAGGGUUUUCGGUCGAUCCGUAUCUUAGUGGAGUUGGUAUGGAAGAGACAAUCCAGGGUAUGCAGGAUUCGGGCGUUCAGGCCUGCGCCAAGCACUGGCUUGGGAACGAGCAAGAGCACAACCGCGAAACCAUGAGCUCUAACAUCGGCGACCGCGCCACGCAUGAGCUAUAUUUAUGGCCGUUUAUGAAUGCAGUCAAGGCAAAUGUAGCAUCUGUCAUGUGCUCCUAUAACAAAUUGAACGGGACAUGGGCCUGUGAGAGUGACGCUGUCUUGAACAAUCUAUUGAAGGACGAGCUAGGUUUCCCUGGCUACGUUAUGAGCGACUGGAACGCGCAGCACACUGGCGUCAACAGUGCCUUGGCUGGACUCGACAUGACUAUGCCCGGCAGCGACUUCAAUAAACCGCCUGGCAGCAUAUUCUGGGGACCAAAUCUCGUGCAGGCCGUUGCUAAUGGCUCUGUGCCUCAAUCUCGUCUGGAUGAAAUGGCAACCCGUAUCUUGGCAGCGUGGUAUCUUCUUGGCCAGGACCAAGGCUACCCUGAGGUGACUUUCAGUUCUUGGAAUGGCGGCAAAGCUACUGUCGACGUCACAGCAGACCACGCGACUGUCGUCCGCACGGUUGCCCGUGAUUCCAUUGUCCUACUGAAGAAUGAGGAACAUGCUCUGCCUCUCCGGAAACCCAAGAGCCUGGCCAUCAUUGGACAAGAUGCUAUCGUCAACCCCAAUGGUCCCAAUGCAUGUGUAGACCGCGGCUGCAACACCGGCACGCUGGCUAUGGGGUGGGGCAGUGGCACAUCAGAGUUCCCUUACCUCGUCGGUCCUCUUGAUGCAAUUCAAGUCCAAGCCAAAAAGGACGGUACGAAAAUCAUCGAGAGUACGACUGACAGCACCACGGCUGCUGCGUCCGCUGCUGCAGCGGCGGAGACUGCCGUGGUCUUCAUUAACGCAGACGCCGGCGAAGGGUACAUUACAGUGGAGGGCAAUGUUGGCGACAGAAACAACCUCGAUCCGUGGCACAACGGAAACGAGCUCGUCAAGUCCAUCGCAGCAGUCAACAAAAAUGUCAUCGUAGUCGUGCACAGCGUGGGGCCCAUUAUCCUAGAGACUAUCCUAGCGCAGCCCUCCGUGAAGGCAAUUGUUUGGGCCGGGCUACCGGGCCAGGAGAGCGGAAAUGCCUUGGUUGAUGUGCUGUAUGGCAGCACCUCCCCGAGCGGCAAGCUUCCCUAUACGAUUGCCAAGCAGUUUUCAGACUACGGGGCCGGCUGGAACAGUGCGCUAGCCGACAAUUUCGUCGAAGAUGUGUUCAUUGAUUACCGCCACUUCGACAAGAACGGCAUCGCCCCGCGCUAUGAGUUUGGCUAUGGCUUGUCGUAUGCGACUUUCAACUACAGUGACCUUGCGGUUGGCAUUUCUGCCACAGCUGGGCCGUCAAAUGGACGCAUUGUCCCUGGUGGGGCGGAAGAACUUUUCGAGUCGGUCGGCACUGUCUCUGUCAUUGUCCAAAAUACUGCUGAGGUAGCUGGUGCUGAGGUUGCUCAGCUUUAUCUUGGUCUUCCCGACUCCGCUCCCAGCACGCCACCCAAGCAGCUGCGAGGGUUCCAGAAGUUGAAUCUGCAACCGGGAGAGCCCGGGACGGCUAUUUUCGAGCUCACUAGGCGUGACUUGAGCUAUUGGGAUGUGCAGACGCAGAAGUGGGUCGUGCCUAGUGGCACCUUCGCUGUCUAUGUUGGAAGCUCCAGUCGGGAUAUUCGCGAGGAUGGAAAGUUUACUGUCACUUAG